GACUUCCUCUCACUCACAGUUCUCCACUCUCAUGUGCUGUAAGCACGGACCUGCCCGGCUUUUGUUUCAUAUUUAAUAUAAGAUUAUCAGAUCUUUUCUACUGUGUUUUCAGGACUUCUGGUUGUCUUUGGAUUGUUAUAUUUCACUUCUGGUUUAAAAUGCUUCGUAGAAAACCUUCAAAUGCUUCAGAGAAGGAGCAGGUACAGAAGAAGAAGUUGACUCUGCAAAGAUCAAGCAGCUUCAAGGAUUUCAUAAAGUCGAAGCCAACGUCUCCAGUGGUGACCGACAAAGAAUUCACAUUGGUAGAAUCAACUCUAGAGGCAGAUGGGCCUUCCCCAACAACUGAAGAGGGUAGCAAAAGUGGAGGAAAGCUGGGAAAGAAGUGGAGAGCUGUAAUCUCCAGGACAAUGAACCGCAAGAUGGGGAAAAUGGUACAGAAAGCACUGGCAGAAGAAGGGAUGGACAGUGGAGAUGAUGGCUCCAUGUCUCCCAUGUCUUUUGAUGAUAUCCCAGAUGGACGGAUUGGAGAGAGGACUUCUCAGUGCUCUUUUGAGUCAGACGAACAAAUUCACAGCCCUUUGAUGCGUCAGCUUUCUGGAUGUGGUGACAGACAAAGUCUGGAUAGCGGAUAUAGCAACCGGGACAGCAUGCGACUUGAAGAUUCCACUCCUCCUUAUACUGGGCCUUUCUGUGGCAGAGCACGGGUGCACACUGAUUUCACACCCAGCCCCUAUGACAACGACUCUCUGAAACUCAGGAAAGGAGACAUAAUUAAGAUAAUUGAGAAGCCCCCGGUUGGAACCUGGACUGGCAUGCUGAACAACAAAGUCGGAUCUUUCAAGUUUAUUUAUGUUGACAUUUUGCCGGAGGAAUCCACCCCUCCCAGGCGAAAGAGAUGCCACAGCAAAAACAAGAAGCUUAAGCCAAAAACGUUGGAGGAGGUCCUUGAGAAUAUCAAUCUGACGGAGGUUAUCCCCCUUCUUUCAAUGCAUGGUUUUGAGAGCCUGGAAGAUUUUAAAGAGCUGAGAGAGUCCCAUCUGAAUGAGCUCAAUAUCACAGAUCCAGAACACCGGUCUAAAUUGCUGACAGCAGCUGAGCAUCUCCUGGAAUAUGACAGUGAAAGUGAAAGUGAUGAGGCGGGUGAGGAAAAUGACUCCCAGAACUCUGAGCAGAAAGCGGACAUCCCUCGUGACUCGGGCUGCUUUGAAAGCUCUGAGAAUCUGGAGAACGGACUCAGUGGCAUAACUGAGCAGCUGCAGGAACUGGAGGUGGACAACGCUUCCUGAAGGUAGAACGAAGAAGCCAAAGAAACCGUCCCUCCAACGAAAAACAGAUGAAGUGGAAAUGGAGAGACAGUCCAAAUGAAUCCCCGAGGUUUAAUUAUCUUCUUUUUAUUUUGAUUUAAGAUGCAAUUGAGAAAAGAGAAAAAAAAAAUGGUAUCUACUGGUUUGUGAUUUACCUCACCAUGAGCCUUGGAUUAAAAAAGACUUACUUUGCAUCUAAACUAUCUGGCAAACACUUCUAAAAGAAACGGCCCAGAAUGGACCUUUACCAGCAAAAACCUCCAUUUUACUUCAAGAAAUCCAUACAUUCACUUUGAAAAUAACUUAUUGUAAAUAAUAUUACAAACAGGCAUAUCUUUCUUACAAAAUAUAAUAGGACUUUAAAGGGCACAACAUGAUGACACUUGGAAAAAUUAACCCACUGAACGCCAACCAUGAGGAAGGAUAUUGGCAAGUCUAAAAAGAAAUAAAUAGUAAUAAAAAAAAUAAGAGUUCAAAAACCCCUUUCUGGUUCCAACCACCUUUGCUUUUUUAAUUAAAAGUGAAUUUGCAGAAGACUUGAUCAAACUUGGAACAAAUGCACAUGAUGAGAUGAAGGACUGUUGUGCCAGACUGCACAGUUCAGCAGUUGUGCCUUUGAAUUAUUAAAAUUAGUUUCAAUGGAAUGAAUGGGCAUGUAGAACAGGUGACAGAGUGAAGUGAGCACUGGCACAGCUACAGCUGCUUUUAUAUUCGUAGACAUUGUGUUACAAACUAUACAGGAGCUGAAACCUUAUCUCAAAAACAUAAAAAGGUACAAACCAGUCCAGCUUCAUGUUUCAGUAGUUAAACCAGUGGUUCCCAAACCUGUGCUUGUGAGGAUGCUCCUGAGGGUUGUGUCGCGGGUAAAAUAUUGUGGAGUUGUAAGGCAAUUAGUGCACUGAUAGGAUUCUUGAGAUCUUACUUAAAUUAGAAUAGCUGUGAAUAACAGAUCAUCCAUAUACUGUAUACAGUCCACUUAAUGUUAAAGUCCAUUUGUGUCCAAUACACAUGCCUGUUGUUAAGUAGCACUCUUAUCUAUAUUCAGUAUUAGUAUGGUCAUUUAGAACUUUGGGCUUGUUUGUUGAUCAUAUGAUUUUUAUUCAUUAGAUGUUUUUCAUUUAAAAUGGUUUAAAUUGUAUUCAUUCAUAACGUUUCUGAUGAGUUUUAUCAUUGGAAUUUAAU